AUGGAUGUCUUAUCAAAGAUGGGUCGAGUGUUUUCAGUGUACAAAACCCACUUGAUACCCCAAGUUGUCACGCGCGAAAAGUUGUCGACAUCACGCAAGCCCUCCGAUACGACUCGAGACGAUUUGCUCCUAAAUUUUGUGAAUGAGCUGUUUGCACUGUAUCGGAAACAGUGUAUCAUGCAGUUUCGCCGUUCGCACACGGAAUAUGGCUCGACGGAAGUCCUUGAUAUGCUGCAGGACGAAGACCUCUCCUCAGACAUUGUCGAAAGUGAGUACUUCGUGUUCAUGCACGUGAUGAAGCACUUUGUCUCGCAGGUGAAAAGUGUAGACCGAAGCAUUCCAAUGUGUGGGCUAGCCGAAAAUGCCACUGGAAUUGUGGAAGGCUGCGUGCAGUUCCAGAUUAAAAGUGUUUUUCGAAAAGUGCACGGGGAUACUGGGACGCUCUUUGUUACUUUUUACAAAGAUGUGUAUGAUUUGGGGCGAAACUCGCGCGAUGGUGAAAAGAGCGUUCUACCUAAGCGCGCACCUUAA